UAUCAGGUGCUGGUUCGUGAUCAACUAACCAAAAACAGCCUCUACUUAAAAUAUAUUAUGUUCCUUUUGAUAUUAAAUGCCCUAUGAACCACACAUGCUUUAACUGAACCCGCAUUUCCCAAACACGUUACUAUCCCAGUAAGCAAGCAGACGUUUUUUUGUGAUAGCAAUAGCUAAACACUUUGCAAGCGCGGCACAAGAGUAGCCGGAAUCAUGUUAAUUGUUAUGUUUACGGUGUAAAUGAAACGGAAAAUGCGUUCUUAAAUCAGCAGCGGUCCAGUAGGUAUGGUGUGGAAGUAUUUCACUUUGACCUACGGUCGAUAGCACGGAUCAGCGGCUCAGGCAGUGCGAAAAGCUCUCUUGGAUUUGGGUCCUCCCAGUAGUUCCUGGGCCACGUCUCCCGGAAGUUUUUUUCGCCUUCAUCUUCAGCAAUGGAGGAGGGUUGAACAUACAGACUGACUGAUGAAAAAAAGCAUAGGAGGACGAUUACCUGGUUAACUUAAUCCAUCAUCUCAUUUAUUUAGGAUAACUUGCCAGCUGUUUAUUUAUUAUCGGGUGUCUCCAAUACGCGUUUGGGACUGAAUAUAAACAAGGACAUCACUUACCGAAGAUCAUCGAGCCAGCGGUGUAAUAAGGUCCAGGAUGUCUUGGUUUUCGGAUCUGGCCAGGGGAGCGGAGGACUUCCUCAACAAAGUGGACCAAGGUGCAGCCACCGCUCUGACCAAACAUCCAGGACAGGUCGCGUCCUCCUUCUCCUCCUCCUCCUACGACAGUCGAGACCCUGCCGAUGCUUCCCCGCAGUACGGCUCUGCGUACCAAAACCCCGCCGCACAGGAGCAGCAGCAGCAGCAGCAGCACAGCUACCACACCGCCCACGAGCCCUCCAGGUUCCUCUCCGCGGCUGCGGGCAACAUCAUGAAGUCCAAGUCGGCCACCGUGCUGGCGGGGACCGCGAACGCGCCCCUGGCGUCGGCGGGCGGGUCCUCCGGAUCUCUGAAGCUCUCCUCCGGCUUCGUCCGGCCCAAGAAGCCGGAGGUCGACGACGACCUGCUCUUCGACUUCCUCAACAGCUCGGACUCGGCCUCCGGCGGGAAGAGGGAGGCCGUGCGGGAGAGGCCCCGAGCGACCGCGUCGGGGGAGGCAGCGUCGCCUCCUCCUGCUCCUCCGGCCUCCAGCGCUCCUCCGGCCCCCACGUCCGCCUCCUCCUCCCCCCGCUCCGCCCGCGGCCUCUCCAGAACCUCCAGCCUCAGCUCCCUCUCCACCAGCACCCACAGUGUGAAGACCUCUGAGGACAGCUCCGCCAGAGAGCCCAGCCAAGACACGCCGGAGAGCUCAGACUCGGGGCUGGCGGGGCCCCUGGAGCAGACAGGGCCCCUGGAGCAGACGGUGGAGGAGGCGGCCCCGGCCCCGGUGGAGGAGCCUCAGAGCCAGGUCCUGUCCAGCCUGCGUCUGGAGAACCAGCUGCUGCGCAGCGAGGUGGCCUCGCUCAACCAGGAGAUGGCCUCCCUCGUACAGAGAGCCAAAGACUCGCAGGAGGAGCUGAACCAGUCCCGGGCGCGUGCUGACAAAUGGAACUCGGAUCAGUCGCGCACGGACCGCGCGGUCAGAGAGCUCCGGUCGCAGGUUGAUGACCUCACAGAGGCCCUCUCGGCCAAGGACGGGCAGCUGGCGGUUCUGAAGGUCCGUCUGGACGAGGCCGACCAGCUCCUGCAGUCCCGCAGCUCGGCGCUGGAGGAAGCCCAGCACGAGAAGUUCAGGAUCCUGCAGGACCACACGGAGGGGAACACUCUGCACUCCCAGGCCAUCCAGACCCUCCAGGAGAGGCUGCGGGAGGCCGAUUCCGCCCUGAAGCGGGAGCAGGAGAGCUACCGGAAGAUUCAGGCGGAGUUUGCGGAGCGGCUGGCGCGGGUGGAGGCCGAGCGGCAGACCCUGGCGGAGGCGGUGACGGGCAGGGAGCGGCGGGGGACGGAGGACCGGCGGCGCGCGGACGAGCUCCAGCAGCAGGCCAAGAGCGCCAGAGCCGCCGCGGAGACCGCCAAGCAGGAGCUGCAGGACUACAAACACAAGGCCUCACGCAUCCUGCAGUCCAAAGAGAAGCUGAUCAGCAGCCUGAAGGAGGGCUCGGGGCUGGAGGCGCUGGAGGCCGGCGGGGCCGGGGCCCUGGAGCUGGAGGAGCUGCGGCAUGAGAAGGAGCUCCAGAGAGAGGAGGUGCAGAGACUGCAGGGCCAGGUGCAGACGCUCCGCGCUGAGAUACAGGACCUGGAGGCGCAGGCGGUGACGGAGGCGGAGUCCUGGAGGGAGCAGCUGCAGGAGGUGCAGGAGCAGCAGGAGGUUCAGGCACGGGCCAAGCUGGAGGUGGAGGGGGAGCUGGAGCGCUGCAAACAGGAGCUGCAGUACCUGGAGGAGGAGCAGCACCGUGUGAAGAACGCGCUCCAGUGCCGGGUGAAGGACCGAGAGGAGGAAAUCCAGAAACUCAGGAACCAGCUGACCAAUAAGACGCUGAGCAGCAGCAGCCAGGCGGAGCUGGAGGGCCGGCUGCACCAGCUGACGGAGACGCUGAUCCAGAAGCAGACGGUGCUGGAGGCCCUGGGCACGGAGAAGAGCUCGCUGGUCUUCCAGCUGGAGAGGCUGGAGCAGCAGCUGAAGAGCGUGCAGGGGGGCCAGGCCAACGGGCCCGCCAUCAACAUGAGCAGCAUGGAGGCGCCAGGCGCUCGUCUGCGGAACGUGCCGGUCCUCUUCAACGACCACGAAGGCCCCGGAGCUGGCGUGUACGGGAAAGUGCGCAAUGCGGCAAGCACCAUAGACAAAUUCAGCAUCCGGCUAGGAAUCUUCCUGCGACGUUACCCCGUGGCGAGAGUCUUUGUAAUACUCUAUAUGGCACUACUGCACCUGUGGGUCAUGGUUGUUCUGCUGACGUACACGCCAGAAAUGCACCACGAGGGCCCUGACGGAAGAUAGGACAGAGAGAGACGGAGAGCCGGGGUUACUGAAGCUUUGAACAUCUGCCAAAUUGAAUCACUUGAUUUGAUUUGAAACAUAAAAAUAAAUAUACUGUUGAGACAUGAGCAAGCUGCUGAACUUGGACUGGAACUUUCCUGCGUGGAGCUGGUACCUGCAAUUUGCACAAACCUGUUAUGGGAUUCAGACCUUACAUGCUAUUUUAUUAUUUUAUUAUUUUUCUUCUACCUUUCCCUUCACCAAAUAUGAUGUUCUCACUGACAAAUGGAAGCAUGGGAUGUUACAGCAUUUAACUUGUAAGUACAUAUGGUUGGCAGUUAAUACAAAAAUUGGGAUUUUCCUGAUUUCCUGAUUAUAAAAACUAAUUUUCAACACUUCAUUUAGUUUCAUUUCUUGUCACUUUAUUGAUUUCCUCUACACAGAUUGUAUUUCCUAACUUGAAGCAGUUUAAUUUAACUUUUAAUAAACAUUACAUUGGAUGUAGUGAGAAUACA